AUGCGCUACUACUUAGAGGAACUCUUCACUCAAACCAGAGAUACAGAUCCUGAUUUGAGAUUCAUGGCCUUGACGGACCUUGAGAAGGAGCUCAUAAAUCCUGAAUCCAAGUUCACCCCUGAAGCAAAGAUCGCCUAUGCAGAUACAUUACUUCGCUGCUUAGAUGACGAAUACUCAGAGGUAAGAGGCCAGGCUCUAAAGUGUUUUGAAAAAUUGACCUCCAGGUUGGAUAAUUAUGUUGCGAAUGUGUUGAAGACGCUAUCUUCCAAGAAACCUGAGAAGAUUUCUAUUACCUCGUCCAUUUACACUAUGGCCGUACAUAACAUUCUGAAGAAUCUCUCUCCCGAUGAAUCAACCGCAAGGGAGAUUAUCAAGUGUCUAUUGGGCGAUCUGCUUCAGGAUCAGCAUAGCUUCUCCACCAUCAUUGAUUAUAUCGAGGUCCUUACAGAUCUAUUAGAGUUCUUGGGUAAGUACUUCAACCAAUCACAGCUUUCCGAAGUUGCAGACGCUUUACUUAAAUCCAUUUUUUAUGGUGAUGCCAUAAUUGCCAAGAAAUCUGUCACUGCUUUGGCUUUGCUCUCCAGAUAUAUCUCCUCGGUGGCCCUAAUGAAGGAGAUCAUAAAUUCUGCCGAGGCAUAUUAUCAGGAACGGCAAACGUAUAAGAACAGACAAACGCUGCUCUCGCUUUUUUCCUCUCUUAUGAAACUCAAUCCUUCUGUUCUUAGUGAUUUGUUUCCAGAAGUGGAAAGAAUUAUUCUGGAGUCUUUGAAGUUGGAGACACUAAUAUUGUCUGAUGAUGACUUCGAUCUUCAGCAGGAAAUUGAUGAAACUAGAUCCGAGGCAAUAGUCUGCCUUACUGUCGCUUUCGAUAACUUACCGACAGCAGUUAUGGAUCUCCAUGUUGAAGAUGCAUUGCAGUUAUGUGCCAAAUUCAUCAUUUAUGACCCCUAUGCGGAGAACGACGAUGAAGAAAAUACCGGUGGUGAUGAUGCCUCUGAAGGGGACGUCAGUGAAUACUAUUCAGAAGAUGAUGAGUGGGGAGAGGAAGAUGAUGAGGAUAAGGACGGAACGGGUAUUUCGUGGAAAUUAAGGCAGAGGGCAAGUGUUCUAGUCUGCACUCUUUUGGAACGUUUGCCAACAAGAUUACCACUGAUAUAUAAGUACACCUUUAUCGAACUCAUCAAUCGGUUGCAGGAUUCAAAUUCGAAUGUCGCUACUGGAAUGCUUGAAGCAGCCAUUAAGCUUUUCAAAUAUUCGCGUGAAGACGGUCCCUACUAUAGUCUCAAGUCCGUGAGCAUCAUUAAAGAUCACGCGGAAGGCCGUCGUGGUUCUGACGUCAGUAUGCAGACAGAGGACAAUCCAAUCAGCGUUCUAGUUUCGAAAUCAAGCUGGAUUUGUGAACAAUUCAGCAAACUUAUUGUUCCUUCCAAUGUGGCAAAGAUAACCCUGUUCUAUAACUUUGUUUCCGAAUUAUCCAAUGCCUCGUCUGGCUUAGAGGAUUCAUGGGUCCAUUAUUUUGUCCUUCAUUUUGAUGAACUUCGUGAGGGAUUUCCAACUUCUGAGACUGUUAAGUUCUAUUCUUCUUUACUCUCUACAAAUGGCCUGCAAACCCUUGGAAAUGGUACAUCAACAGUUAUCAAGAAUAUUAUCUCUUGUCUCGACUCAUCUAACCAUGAGCUGAUUAUGGAGACAUUAUUGCUAACAACUGAUAUUCUAUCUAAGUAUAUUCCUCGAGACUCUCCAUCUGAUGAGACAUUAUCGUUACUUGCAGAAGCAUUAGAUGAUCUGUUGAUCAGUAAAUCUUGCAACAAGAACUUUUCUACAGAAAUCAGAAGAGAAUCUUUAAAAGCGUUAUCCUAUUUGGUCUUACAUGUUCCUCUUUCUAAAGAAAAGAUGGAGAAGUCGCUGAAGGUAUUUGCUGAUACCAUCACCUUGGAGUUUUUGGUGACAACCGAUAUGGAUUGUAUCAAGAUGCUCGUAUCUGACUCUCAGGUUGCGAAUUCAAUUUCUUCUCGAUGGGUGAACCGUUUAUUAAGGCCUCUUAUUGAUUACACUUCAAAUUCUGAACUUUGCUUGGAUGCAUUGGAAGCGUUAUAUGCGGUUGUGUCUACUAAAGUUGUCAAUGACGAAGAUAAGAGAGAGCUGCUAGGCACUCUUUCUCUAUUAUGCUCAUCACAUAAGCUUCCAACUAACAACUCCAUUACUCUUGCAAAAAUCAUUACAGAGAUAUUCGAAACAACUGAAUGCACAUGCCCUGAUAUACUGGUAAAGGACUUGAUUGCAUUUUCCAAGGACCCGGAGUUCGAGAAUGAUGUUCUUGCAGAUCUAGUAAAAUCCAUUUUGAGACAUGUUGACUCACAAAAGUUGAUUGAUGCCGUUACUCAGACUGGCAAACAGAAUGAAUCUGGCAUUUCCAAAUUACUGGCUAUGAUAUUGCUUGCGGCUGGCCAUCUUGAGUCUAUUGAUAAAGUUCUUCAGGAUUUGAAGACAGGUAAAAAUGUUUUAUUUUCUCUUGUACUUUUGGAGCAAGUGUCCAAGUCCAUUGAUUUGAAUUGUGGGGUCGUCCUCUUCUUCAAUUACUUCAGUUCUUCUGAUGAAGAUGUGGCUAAUGCUGCUGUUCGCACUGCAGCAGAAGUAAUAUCCUCCAAAAGGGAGAAAUAUAUGCCGGAGUUGCUUCAGUCACUUACUUCAGAAUCAAGUGUCAGCGAAACGCAACUUCUUCAAUGCUUGAGUUUGGUAUUGGAUAAGAUAGAAUUAACUUCGGAUGAUUCUCAUAGAUUACUUGCUGUUGUUGUUUCGGUGAAGGAGUCUUCACUGCAGGAAAAAUUAGAGACACAAGAUAUCAUGCCAGCUGCUGAAUGUAUCGCCAAGUUGGUCCUAAAUGACGAGGGCAUUGUGGAAGAAUUAUGCUCUAUUCUUUCCGAGGAUCAUUCAAUGCUGUUGAAAGCCUCUGUAUCUUCUGCAAUGAAGUACUUACUUGGGCAUGAUGCUUUCUUGGCAGAUGAUGUUUAUCUUUUGAGUAAAUACUUAGAAGCAUCUAGUACGGAGGACUUUUUAUUUGGAUUCGAAUUAAGUAUGAAGCAGAUUGGAGUCACUAACCUAAUCAUUGCUGUUCAUAAGAGGCCUUCGGUGGCUUUAUUUUUGGUGUCCAAGCUUCUUCCUCGAAUCUUAGAAGACGAAUUGUCUCAAAAAAAAGAGUACGUGAAAAUCGUUCGGAUCGGUCCUUUCAAGCAUAAGAUUGAUGACGCUCUUGGCUUUAGAAAGGAGAUCUACGAAUUAAUAUAUUCUUCCCUUACUGCUCUAGAGACAAAUCCUGACAUGAUGGUGCUUUUCUCUGUGGAUUGGAUCCUCCUUUUGAAGACAAUAGUAACUAAAGCUUUUAAAGAUGACCCUACUAUCAUUUUUCUCUGCUUACUAACGGUAUUGAAAAUCAUUAACUUGAGGACAGAUAUUUUUUUGGGAAAUGAUCUACUGCUUCACUUUAUUCAUGUAUGCAAUAAGAAACUUAACAAGCAGUUGAGGGACGAAGCACCAAAACAGGAAAUUGAUAAGAGAAACGAUACUGUUAAGGCAAUUCUAAGAUGCUGCAAAAAGAUAGAUUUACUCGUUAAAAAAGGUACAGUCAAACUUAAUGGUGAUGUCUUAGUUGAAUGGAGAUCGUUCAUUGCUAAAAUUAGAGUCAAGUAUCCUAUUUUUGAUACAGAGGAAUGA